AUGAGCCUCGCAGGAAGGGUGUCCUGCUCCAUGCUCAACUGCUUCGGUGAAGAAGGGCCUCCCAGUCUGGAGUAUAUCAAGGCCAAGGACCUGUUCCCCCAGAAGGAGCUGGUGAAGGAGGAUGAAAGCCUUCAGGUGCCAUUCCCAGUUCUUCAGGGGGAAGGGGUGGAAUAUCUUGGUCAUGCCGAUGAAGCCAUCAUCGCCAUCUCUAACUACCGGCUCCACAUCAAGUUCAAGGACUCUGUCAUCAAUGUGCCUCUCAGGCUGAUAGAGAGUGUGGAGAGCAGAGAUAUGUUCCAGCUGCACAUCAUCUGCAAAGACUCCAAAGUUGUGAGAUGCCACUUUGCAACGUUCAAGCAAUGCCAGGAGUGGGUCAAACGCCUGAACCGGUCCAUAGCUCACCCGUCCAGACUUGAAGACCUGUUCGCCCUGGCCUAUCAUGCUUGGUGUCUGGGAGGCAGCGCUGAUGAUGAAGACCAGCACGUUCAUCUCUGUCGCCCAGGUGAUCACGUGCGUCAGAGAAUGGAAAUGGAGGUGAAGAGGAUGGGCUUCGACACACAGAAUGUCUGGAGAGUGUCGGACAUAAACUGCAACUUCAAGCUGUGCUCCAGCUACCCACAGAAGCUUUUGGUUCCAAUAUGGAUCACUGACAAGGAGCUGGAGAGCGUGGCUUCUUUCCGAUCCUGGAAGAGGAUCCCAGUGGUGGUCUACAGGCACCAGAAAAAUGGGGCAGUGAUCGCCCGUUGCAGCCAGCCUGAGAUCAGCUGGUGGGGCUGGAGGAACACGGACGACGAGUACCUGGUGACAUCCAUCGCCAAGGCAUGUCAGAUGGGUACCAAGGGCACCUGUGGAGCGCCAGCCUGCCGACAACGCGGGGAAGCUCCCGACUCCUGCGACAGUGAUUUUGACUCCUCCCUGACGGGCGGCUCUGGCUGCGAUGACAACACUGUGCCACAGAAGCUGCUUAUUCUGGAUGCUCGCUCAUACACUGCUGCAGUGGCCAACCGAGCCAAGGGCGGAGGCUGCGAAUGUGAAGAGUACUACCCCAACUGUGAGGUGAUGUUCAUGGGAAUGGCCAACAUCCACGCCAUCAGGAACAGCUUCCAGGCUCUGCGGACCGUCUGCAGUCAGAUUCCAGAUCCAGGAAACUGGCUUUCAGCACUUGAGAGCACCCGUUGGCUGCAGCACCUGUCCGUCAUGCUGAAGGCAGCCACUCUGGUGUGUUCAGCGGUGGAGAGGGAAGGCCGUCCCGUCUUGGUGCACUGUUCAGACGGAUGGGACCGCACGCCGCAGAUUGUAGCCCUCGCCAAGAUCCUAUUGGACCCCUACUACAGGACAUUAGAGGGCUUCCAGGUGCUCGUGGAGACUGAUUGGCUGGACUAUGGUCAUAAGUUUGGGGACCGCUGUGGCCACCAGGAGAACACUGACGAUGUGAGCGAGCAGUGUCCCGUGUUCCUGCAGUGGCUGGACUGUGUUCACCAGCUGCUCAAACAGUUCCCCUGUCUGUUUGAGUUCAACGAGGCCUUCCUGGUCAAGUUGGUGCAGCACACGUACUCGUGUCUUUACGGCACCUUCCUGUGCAACAACGCUCGUGAGAGGGAGGCGAGGAACAUCUACAAACGCACCUGCUCUGUGUGGUCUUUGCUUCGCAGCGGAAACAAGAACUUCCAGAACUUCCUCUAUAUCCCCAGUCAUGAUAUGGUGCUGCAGCCAGUCUGCCACACACGAGCAUUACAGCUGUGGACAGCUGUUUACCUGCCCACCUCCUCCCCCUGCACCGCUGUGGACGAUUCUAUGGAGCUCUACCUCCCCAUGAGUGUCGCAGGAGAUGAACUCACCUCCCGUUCUCUGGACAGACUUCCCAAGACCCGCUCCAUGGACAACCUGCUGUCAGCUUUUGAGAACGGGGUGCCCCUGACACGUACAUCCAGUGACCCCAACCUCAAUAAGCACUGCCAGGAGGGUCGCUCUGCCCUAGAGCCUUCACCAGCCACAGAAGAAACCUCGGCAGACAUCUCUGGUGAGGUCGUACCUGACACUGGACUGGACAGCAACGAAGGCGAACCUCUUCAUCAGAGUCCUGCCAAGACUCCAGAGGACGGCCCGGUUGCAGAGAGCUGUGAGGACGCACUGGAGGAGCCCUGCCUCACCACACAGCCCCUGCCCUCCCUGCCUCUUCCCCCCGUCCCUCUCAGUACAGACGUUGCACUCGCUCACACUCCCUUCCCCACUCCUGUCCUCCAGCAAGCUUUGCCCCAGAUCACCAACCCUCCUCUCCCACCACCUCCACUAGAGGCUGAGAGCCCCUGUAGGACUGCUGAGAGCCCCACGUCACCCUCUCAUAAAUCCGAGCCGUGCUUACCUCUUCCCUGCAACGGCAAGGAGUCGCUGCUUAACGGCCACACUGACGGCCAAGUAAGUGGUCAAGCAAACGGCCUUCCUGAAUCUGCAGAUCUGAUGACUCUGAAGAAGGCCCUUCCCAUGGAGGACUCCACUGAGACUCUCACAGGUGAGGGAGAACCUCCCCCCACCCUGUCUCCCGCAGAGAACCAGGAUGUUACCCAGAAUAAUUUAAUUGAUGAGGAACAGCCCGAGUCACCGCCACAGGUUCAACCCCAGAAGGAGAAAGAGGACACGAGGACAGAAGUAGUAAAAGGAAGAGAGCGUGUGUUAACUCCUGUAGACUGCACCCAGGUAGCAGCUCGCCACCUAAUCUCCCAGAGCCAGCUCUCAGACCUGUCCCUGUUUGGCUCCCACUGGGAGAGCGUCCAGGGUCUGGUCCAGUCCGCAUGCAGCAGCGCCGGUCACUCUGGUGUCAGCCGGGCCCUGCAGCCCAACACUUACCAGAGCCGUCGGCUUGCCAACAAGCUGCUCCGCUCCCAGGGCUUCGCCAUCGCCAAUGGGUCCCAGUGCUGCCGCAGAGAGGCUCUUUGUUGUCCCAGCAGCCCUCUGCAGCCUGGGUGGCUGUCUGCUGCCAGGAGUGCAGGCUACACCGGCCUGUACGGGCCUGCUGCCGCUGCCCUCAACAGCUACUCCCUGGCAGCACAUCAGCUCCUGCCGGUGUCAUACUCCUCGCCCUCCGCUUCCAGUUCCCCUCCCCCACCGCAGGCCCCAGCUUACCUGGACGAUGACGGACUGCCGGUGCCCAUGGACGCCGUGCAGCAGAGGCUGCGGCAGAUCGAGGCAGGCUACAAGCAGGAGGUGGAGGUGCUGAGGCAGCAGGUGCGACAGCUGCAGAUGAGACUGGAGAGUAAACAGUACAGCACCCCUCCCUCAGAGCCAGACAUCGACUAUGAGGAUGACAUUACUUGUCUGCGCGAGUCAGACAACAGCAACGAGGAGGAUUCUCUGUCGACCCACAGUGAGGACCGUCUGUCUGAGGGCAGCUGGGAUCGAGUGGAGCCCAAGGACACAGAGGUCACGAGGUGGGUACCCGACCACAUGGCCUCCCAUUGUUUCAACUGUGACUGUGAGUUCUGGAUAGCCAAGAGACGUCACCACUGCAGGAACUGUGGCAACGUGUUCUGUAAAGACUGUUGUCAUCUGAAGCUGCCCAUCCCCGACCAGCAGCUGUACGACCCGGUGCUGGUCUGCAACACCUGCCACGACCUGCUCCUGGAGUCCCGCACCCGCGAGAUCCGCUGCCAGCAGCUCAAGAAGGCCAUCGCCACAGCCUCCAGCUGAGAGAGGCGUUGCAAAGCAUGGCCCGCCUCGGCUCUGUCCUGCUCGUUUUGGAAUGAUGAGCCGGGCGCCCCGUUGUGACCCCGACCUGCUGUGGUUUCGGCUGCGGGGGAAGGGAAAGAUGAGGAGGAGUUUUUGCGCUUUGGGAGGCUCAGGUUUGGAAACGGAGAUACACUGUGAGACUGUCUGAGAGGCGGGAAUGAGGACGGAGACGGUCUGGGAUGGAAGUGACGGCAGGGGAGGUUUUCCUGCAGAACAAACCCCUUCUGGUCAAAGACAUUUUCAGCCUGGGUCGCGGCAGCGUCCGGCUGCCUCCAUGCGGCUCAGUCCUCUAGCGGUGCCCCGUCCGAGACGCACCUCCAACCUCUCCAACCUGUCCAACCACCCCACACCCCCGGCAGAGUCACCCACCUUUAGCACCAAAACACCUGCACCCUCCUUCCAGACACUGUCUCGCACUUCAGAGGACAAUCGUUCACCCUCCCACGUGUCGGGGACUCCAAAGCCUUUACCUGUACUACUGGAGGCUUUCAACUUUAAAAAGAAAAGAAUUGCUGCUACAGUAUUUAAAAGUCUAAUUUUGUAUUCUUAUUUUGUGCACUACUAGCUGUUGUGUAUUUGAGGGAAUCUGAGACCAAACUUGAGCAAAAGGGAGAAAUCUGCUGUUUACUUUGUCAUCGCAUCUUUUUCUUGGAGCCUGAAUGUAAUAUGUAACGGAUAACUGGAUCGACUUUAUGUGCAUUUGGUGGCUCGUAUAUGUGUUCAUUGCUGCAAUGUGUUUUUCAAAGUUCUGUAUAUGCACAGUCAAUGUGGUUCUGUCUUUAUCAACGCUUUCCUCCGGUAUGGCCACCUCGCGACAUGAGACGUUCUGAGGGGACGCGUGCUGAGGGACAGAUGGGUGCAAUGCUGCGUGUUGUUUGUUUUUUUGUUUUUUUUGUGGGAUGUGUGCGCGAUGUGUUAAGAGGAAGAGGACACAAAGAUGGUGGGAGGCUGCAGAUUUCUGUCACGUCCUCUUCUGCUGUGAGAAAAUGUCGUUUGAAGGUCCCGUGGAAGGUUUUUCUGCUGAGAUGUUUGCGAAUGAUCGGCUCGAUGUCCAUCUGACUGACGACUCCUCCUCAGAUUGUUGGCUGGCGGUGAAGACCGCCGAGAAAAAGACUGAACAAAGUGCUUGGAGUUUUCUUGUUCUGUUCAGGGGAGUUCGGCCACAGUCCCCUUUAAAAAAAAAAAAAAAAAAUGUGUUUGUGUCUACUGGUUGUUCCUUGAGACAAUAGUGCCAUAUUUUGUUCUGUCUAUUUUUAAAGCCUUUUUCUUUCUUACAGAUGGCAGCAGGUUUCUAAUUGGCCACCUCUCUGUAUGUUUUAACGGUACAGAUAGUUAGCUGCUUAACAACACUGAGACGACUAAAGAUUAACAGACGGUUCAGUUUGAUAACGAGUCUAACUGCUUCAACAGAUGAUCGGAUGUCACUGAAUUAGUUAACCUGUGUGGUUAUCCAUCGUCUAAUAUCUGGGAUUUUAUUCACGCGGUGUUCAUGAAGUCAAAAAUCUGUAAGGGGAACUCAGAAAUGUAACAUACAUAGUUAUCUGAUCCGUAGUGGUGGCUCAAACCUGUCACUUAAUGAAUAAUUGUUGUAAAGAAAUGCACUGUAAAAGUUAAAUCCCAUGGGUUAAAAUAAAAGAUUAUAUCAUG